AGAGAUCAAAGGUUGGUAAAGGUCUUUACUUGAGAAAGCAGAGAACAGCAACACCUUAGACAUUAGGUAAUAUAUUGAGGUACAAUCAAAAUCAUAAUGCUGUACAAAUAUGGAUAUAUAUUGGAUACAUAGCAGAUUAGAUUCAUUGUGCUGGAAUCAUCUGUGGAGAAUAGACAAUUUGUCGAUCAUCUGUGUAUCUGGAACAAUAGAGAAGAUGGUACUCCUAUUCUCAAAGUGGGGUGACUAUGGUGAGACAAAUUUACCAUCAAUCUCCCCAUUUGAUCUGAAGAAGGAUGAGGAUCAUGUAGAAGAUGAGGAAGAGGAAACUGAUAUGGAGGAGAACAAUGAGGUAGAGGUGGAAGAGGAAGAGGAGGAGGAAGAGGAAGAGGAGGAGGAGGAAGAGAAAGAGGAUGAGGAGGAGGAAGAGGAAGAGGAGGAGGAGGAGGAGGAGGAUGAUGUAGUGGUGAGAAAUACUACUAUACCUAUACUUUUGACUCGAAGGAGCAUCAAUUACCUGAAGGGAAGAGGUUGUGAGGUGAUUCAACAACAAUGACAGGGUAUUGUCUCUAUCUGAAACAGUGUUCUAGAGUUAUCGCUGAAUAUCAUCCGGAAACUAUCAGACAACAUAGAAGACUUGCCAAGGACUAGUGCUGGGAAAGGAGUCUACUACCUGGGACAUCACCUGCUUGACAUGGACCAAGGAGAAACAUCAUGGAUAAAUCACUUUUCUGCACACUCAAUAUGAUAAAAAACUUGGAUUUUGGAACAGAGAUAUACCUGAUUGUAGUAAACUUUUCAAUGAAAUGGAUGUUGAAUUGAUCAAUAAAGAGCUAAUUGUAUUCCAAACUGUUUACUUAUUACCUACCAUCUCCUUAGAUAUAGUUUAGCUAUAAGUAUAUUCUGAGUGCCACUGACUGAACAG